AUGGAGUACACUGCGACUCUCAUUUUCGCCUGUCAAAGUGUCAAAGUGCCUGUAAACUCCUCCAUAGGUGCCGCAUAUCUAGGACUUGACCUCCAUCAAUCCAAGCCGCCGUCGUCACACGGUGUAGACCGACCGCCGCCAUCGGCCAGAAGCCGCUGGAAGAACGAGGGUUCACGGUGGCGGAUAUCGGAGCACGCGAGGUUGAAAGCAGGGGAAUCACACCAAAGUUAUGAUAUUCUGCGCUUUGGGGAAUUCGCUAAGAAAUUGAAGAACAAAUUGGAACAAGAACAACAAUCUAAUUCUUAUCCACCCUCUCCCACAGUGGUUCGACCGUUGCGAGUUGCGAGCCUCUUACCCACCGCCGUUCAGCCGCGGUUAUCCACCCUCAGCUGCCGCCGUCCGAGCCCCAGUGGACAGCAGUUGCGACAGUGGUUCGACCGUUGCGAGCCUCUUACCGCCGUUCAGCCGCGGUUAUCCACCCUCAGCUGCCGCCGUCCGAGCCCCAGUGGACAGCAGUUGCGAGCCCCGGUUCAUGAUCGUUUAGCCGCCUCGAACCGACGUGCCUAG